UCAAGUUCCCAUGUGGUAAGAUUCAGAGACAUGAUGAAGAUGGUCAAGAGAAAGUCACAGGAACCACAGCAAGUCCAGAUGCUCCUCCUGAAGAUGAGGAAAGCACUGAGGCCCCGAGCAGCCAUCCAGAGGUCACUGGGGAGACUGACAGUUUACCCAGCACAUCCCCGUGGCAGGCUGUUCUACUAGCAGAUGAUUAUGAUGAACUGAUAUGUGGGGGGACAAUUCUAAAUGAGUAUUUUAUACUUACUGGAGCUAAUUGUGUUAACCAGCCUAGAGACUUACGGGUUCUCGUUGUGUUGGCCAAGCCUUGA